AAUUUGUUUACAAUCAACAACUGGCGCAUUUGUUGCUCACUGCCUACAAUCACAUUAGUAAACAAUCGUCCGUUCCUUUGGUUACGCACGCACGGUGAGAAUAUUUUGAAAUGAUGGCGAACCACCCCGUGCUCCCAGGCCGCGUUUUCACCGACCCGAACAAAAAUCGCUUCCACGUGCCGCAGACCCUCGGCUUCAGAAACGGAGUGCCGGUGCAGGCUCUGGUGCUGCAAGGCAUAGGUCAAGAGCCCCUCGACGCACAGUCUGUGCAGUAUUUAGACAAGUGGGACCCCAACUUGUUCUAUGGCGAGUGCAGGCGAGCGCCCAAAGUCAACACGGUGCAUCCGCAGUACGAAGUUUACGAGAAUAAGACUCUCGCAUUUCGUGCCUUCUGCGUCGAGCCGAUUGCGGUGCCCAUGGAGGACCAGCCACGGGUGCGGCACGUGCUGCUCUUCUAUCACCUCGAGGACGACACUAUCAGUGUCAUGGAGCCACCUAUCGUGAACAGCGGGUGCGUGCAGGGAAAGGUGCUCAAGCGGCACCGGGUGCCCAAGGCCUCGCAGGACGACGGGCCGAAGGACGACGCCGCCGCCUCCUAUUGGCACUGGACCGACCUGAACGUGGGUGGCAGCGUCUGGCUCUACGGCCGCACAUACCAACUGGCCAGCUGCGACGCGUUCACCAGGGAGUUCCUCGAGAGGCACGGCAUAUCAGUAGGCGGCGAGAUCGUGGUGCCGGCUGACCCCUACACCCAAGAGCAGACGCGCGCCAUGCAGCGGCAGACACAGGACGUGGACGGCCACUCUCCGUCGGCCGUACUCUACCAGGGUCUGGACAAGCUCGGCCGCUUCCUCGCCUUCGACCGGCAGGUGCUCAGGUUCUUCGCCGUGUGGCAGGACCCGAUGGACCCGAUGCAUGAGAAGCGCUACUUCAAGGUGCUCUUCUACCUGGCCGACGGCACCAUGGAGAUCCAACCCGAGUACAAAGUCAACGACGGACACUACAAAUACCCGAAUCUGCUGGCCCGGCAACUGCUGCCCCGCGGAGGACUGCUUCCAGGUAAAGCGGACCUUCCCUCCUUCCGCGACAUGGACUGCUACGUCGCGGAAGACCUGCAGGUGGGCUCGGAGAUCGAGGUGCUGGGCCGGCGGCUGCGGCUGUACGACUGCGACGGCUUCACGCGCGACUACUACGCCGCCCGGCUGGGCAUCGUGCAGCCCCCAAGCGUGCCCACCGAGUCCCCCGCGCCGGCGCCCCUCGUCCAACCGCUCCCCCCGUACAACGGCUUCGGCUCGCCAGAGGACUCGUUGAGGUCGUGUCUGCACCUGGUGCCUCGCCGACCCUGCCCCUCGCACCCCGGCCCUGACGACAGACCCCUCAGGUACUUGGUGCGGCUUAACUCAGAGCGGCCCCACGACCUCGCCCGCCGCUUCGUGCUCAGCUACCAGACGCGGUUUGGUUUCUGCACUAUCACGGAGCUCGGGAGGCGCAACUCAGGCAGGGAGGGUGGCCGCUUCUUUGGUCCCAGGCUCAUCGAAAAACCCGACAGCGACCCUAUGCAGCCCCAACCUGAGUACUACGGACCUGCAGACUUCGCUAUUGGCUCAACUGUGGUGGCUGCUGGCUGUCAUUUCAUUGUGGUCGGCGCCGAUUUGUACGUUUACAAGUACGUCAGCGAGAGAAAAGGAGAUUUCCAGGAAGAGCUUAUCGAGAACCUGGCCGACUACAUGCGAAAAGAAGGACUGCUCAGAAGGGACAGCGAAUGAACUAAAUUUCAACGUCCAUAAUACGCAAUAAAAUUAACUGUCAUCUAUAACACGUUUACUUUUCGUCUGUCAUGUGUAACAUAAAUUUAUUCAAAUAUAUUUCGGAGAUAUUGCUUGUGAAUACGACAUUGGAAUAAAAAUGAGGCUAAAGAAUCUA